UUUCUUUCUGAGCCUCCUGAAGGCCUUCAGUGAUGCUGCGACUUCUGAGUUUCUCCGCUCUCCUUUGCCUGGCGUUGGCCCAUCACAGCAGUGAAGAACAUGAUAAGCCGAAAAUGCACCCAUAUCAUAUGAUGGCUCAGUCUGUGCAAUAUUGUUUAACUCAGUGUUUCUCCAGCUUGGCGAUGGCUUCGGAUGACUUCCCAUCACCAGAUUCAUCAUUGUUGCCAUCAUCACCACCAUAUAAGAGGGAAGAGAAUAAUAAUGAGAAGAGAGAUGACUUACCAUCAAGAGAUUCACCAGCAUCAUCGGAUGAGAGUGAAGAGAAUCAUGGAAAGGAGCGAGAUGACUCUCCACCGGAACAUUUAGCAGCAUCACCGGAUAAACAUAGUAAGAAGCCAGGUGACGUCCCACCAGCAGAUUCAUCAUCCUCGGAUCAACAUAGUAAGAAGCCAGGUGACGUCCCACCAGCAGAUUCAUCGUCAUCACCAUCAUCAUCAUCAUCGUCAUCGUCGGCUGAGAGUGAAGAAGACAAUCAUAGAAAGAAGCGAGGUCACUCUUCAUCUGAGGAUUCAUCAUCAUCGGAUGAGAGCAAAGAGGAUCACAGUAAGAAGGGAGAUGACGCCUCAACAGAAGAUUCAUCAUCAUCAGAUGAGAGCAAAGAGGAUCACAGUAAGAAUCGAGGUCACUCUUCAUCGGAGGAUUCAUCAUCAUCGGAUGAGAGCAAAGAGGAUCACAGUAAAAAGCGAGGUGAUGCCUCAACAGAAGAUUCAUCAUCAGAUGAGAGCAAAGAGGAUCACAGUAAGAAGCGAGGUCAGUCUUCAUCGGAGGAUUCAUCAUCAUCGGAUGAGAGCAAAGAGGAUCACAGUAAGAAGCGAGGUCACUCUUCAUCGGAGGAUUCAUCAUCAUCGGAUGAGAGCAAAGAGGAUCACAGUAAGAAGCGAGAUCACUCCUCAUCGGAAGAUUCAUCAUCAUCGGAUGAGAGCAAAGAGGAUCACAGUAAGAAGCGAGGUCACUCCUCAUCGGAGGAUUCAUCAUCAUCGGAUGAGAGCAAAGAGGAUCACAGUAAGAAGCGAGGUCACUCUUCAUCGGAGGAUUCAUCAUCAUCGGAUGAGAGCAAAGAGGAUCACAGUAAGAAGCGAGGUCACUCUUCAUCGGAGGAUUCAUCAUCAUCGGAUGAGAGCAAAGAGGAUCACAGUAAGAAGCGAGGUCACUCUUCAUCGGAGGAUUCAUCAUCAUCGGAUGAGAGCAAAGAGGAUCACAGUAAGAAGCGAGGUCACUCUUCAUCGGAGGAUUCAUCAUCAUCGGAUGAGAGCAAAGAGGAUCACAGUAAGAAGCGAGAUCACUCCUCAUCGGAAGAUUCAUCAUCAUCGGAUGAGAGCAAAGAGGAUCACAGUAAGAAGCAAGGUCACUCCUCAUCGGAGGAUUCAUCAUCAUCGGAUGAGAGCAAAGAGGAUCACAGUAAGAAGCGAGGUGACGCCUCAACAGAAGAUUCAUCAUCAUCAGAUGACAGCAAAGAGGAUCACAGUAAGAAGAGAGGUCACUCCUCAUCGGAGGAUUCAUCAUCAUCGGAUGAGAGCAAAGAGGAUCACAGUAAAAAGCGAGGUGACGCCUCAACAGAAGAUUCAUCAUCAUCAGAUGAGAGCAAAGAGGAUCACAGUAAGAAGCGAGGUCACUCCUCAUCGGAGGAUUCAUCAUCAUCAGAUGAGAGCAAAGAGGAUCACAGUAAGAAGCGAGGUCACUCCUCAUCGGAGGAUUCAUCAUCAUCGGAUGAGAGCAAAGAGGAUCACAGUAAGAAGCGAGGUCACUCCUCAUCGGAGGAUUCAUCAUCAUCAGAUGAGAGCAAAGAGGAUCACAGUAAGAAGCGAGGUCACUCUUCAUCGGAGGAUUCAUCAUCAUCGGAUGAGAGCAAAGAGGAUCACAGUAAGAAGCGAGAUCACUCCUCAUCGGAAGAUUCAUCAUCAUCGGAUGAGAGCAAAGAGGAUCACAGUAAGAAGCGAGGUCACUCCUCAUCGGAGGAUUCAUCAUCAUCAGAUGAGAGCAAAGAGGAUCACAGUAAGAAGCGAGGUGACGCCUCAACAGAAGAUUCAUCAUCAUCGGAUGAGAGCAAAGAGGAUCACAGUAAGAAGCGAGGUCACUUCUCAUCGGAAGAUUCAUCAUCAUCGGAUGAAAGCAAAGAGGAUCACAGUAAGAAGCGAGGUGAUGCCUCAACAGAAGAUUCAUCAUCAGAUGAGAGCAAAGAGGAUCACAGUAAGAAUCGAGGUCACUCCUCAUCGGAAGAUUCAUCAUCAUCGGAUGAAAGCAAAGAGGAUCACAGUAAGAAGCGAGGUCACUUCUCAUCGAAAGAUUCAUCAUCAUCAUCAUCAUCAUCGGAUGAAAGCAAAGAGGAUCACAGUAAGAAGCGAGGUCACUCCUCAUCGGAAAAUUCAUCAUCAUCAUCAUCGGAUGAGAGCAAAGAGGAUCACAGUAAGAAGCGAGGUCACUUCUCAUCAGAAGAUUCAUCAUCAUCAUCAUCGGAUGAGAGCAAAGAGAAUCAUAGUAAGAAGCGAGGUCACACCUCAUCGGAAGAGUCAUCAUCAGAUGAGAGUAAAGAGGAUCAUAGUAAGAAGGGAGGUGACGCCCCAUCGGCAGAUUCAUCAUCGUCAUCAUCAUCAUCAGAUGAGAGUGAAGAGAAUCAUAGUGAGAAGCAAGGUGACGCCCCAUCAGCAGAUUCAUCAUCAUCAUCAUCAUCGGAUGAGAGUAAAGAGAAUCAUAAUAAGAAGCAAGAUGACUCCCCAUCGCCAGAUUCAUCAUCAUCAUCAUCAUCAUCGGAUGAGAGUAAAGAGAAUAGCAGUGCGAACCGAGAUGAUGCCCCAUCAGCAGAUUCAUCAUCAUCAUCAUCAUCAUCAUCGGAUGAGAGUGAAGAGAAUGAUAGUGAGAAGAGAGGUUACUGCCCAAGUAACAUUAACCCUGCUGCUUGUCCAACUUCUUGCCCAGAUGGCUCAAACUGCUCCAUCAUAGAGUGUUCUUUUGACAGGAACUGCACUGGACUUCAGAAAUGCUGUAACACCACCUGUGGAAUGAUAUGCGUUGACCCGGAAUACAAGCCAACCUGCGAGGAGGACAAUAACUGUAAAGAAAACUUCGUCUGCUUGAAAGGAUUCUGUGUCCCUUUCAACCCUCCCCCCCCAAUGAAAUGGAUGACACGGAUAACUCAAAGACCAAAAAAUUGACCGAGGGAUUAACAAAUGAGCAGCUGAGCAGUCGGCACAGAAACAGAGUGGAUUGAACAUUGAUUUAUUGUUAAAAAAAUGACUAAAAAUAAACUUUAGCAAAUUUCUAUAUAGUUUUGUACUUUGAUUCAAAUUCCAUUUAAAAAAAAAUAGAGAGGCAGCGUAAUGAAGCUUAUAGUCGGCUUGUUUGCAAUAUGCCAUUAGUGUCUGUUAGUUUUGCACCAAAGAUUAAAUGUUGAAGCAUAA